AUGCAGGACUUCCUCCGGAGAAACCGCAGCUCUCUCACCGAGUUCGUUCUUCUAGGAUUCUCCAGUAAUACAAAGAUAAACGUCAUUCUAUUCAGCGUCUUUCUCCUCCUCUACCUCAUCACCCUCCUAGGUAAUGGGCUCAUUAUCACCUUGAUUCGCGUGGAUUCCCGUCUCCACACACCCAUGUACUUUUUCCUCAGUGUCUUAUCCAUUCUGGAUAUGGGCUAUGUCACCACCACAGUGCCCCAAAUGCUGGUACAUCUGCUCCGUGAGAAGAAGACCAUUUCCUAUACUGGAUGUGUGGCCCAAAUGUACAUCUUCCUGAUGCUGGGGAUCACUGAGUCUUGGCUCUUUGCAAUCAUGGCUUAUGAUAGGUAUGUGGCCAUUUGCCAUCCUCUCAGAUAUAAAGUCAUCAUGAGCCCUUUGCUGCGUGGGUCAUUGGUGACCUUCUGUGGAUUCUGGGGUAUCAGCUGUGCCCUAAUAUAUACUGUCUCUGCUAUGAUUCUUCCCUAUUGUGGCCCCAAUGAGAUCAACCACUUCUUCUGUGAAGUGCCUGCUGUCCUGAAGUUGGCCUGUGCAGACACCUCUCUCAAUGACCAGGUAGACUUCAUCCUAGGCUUCAUCCUUCUCUUGAUCCCACUGUCCCUCAUCAUUGUUGUCUACAUCAAUAUCUUUGCUGCUAUCUUGAGGAUACGCUCCACUCAAGGGAGGCUCAAAGCCUUUUCCACCUGUGCUUCUCACAUCACUGUGGUCACUAUGUUCUCUAUCCCGUGUAUGGUUAUGUAUAUGAGACCUGGCUCUGAGUCCUCCCCAGAGGAGGAUAAGAAGCUGGCUCUCUUCUAUAAUGUCAUCUCUGCCUUCCUGAACCCCAUCAUCUACAGCCUUCGGAAUAAAGAUGUGAAGAGGGCUUUCCUUAAAGUGGUAGGCUGGGGCAAAGGGUCAGACUGA